AUGAGAGUCUUGCUAUUAUUGUUCGUACUCUUCGGUGUUUCUCCGUGGGAGGUUGGAAACGUUUUGGAAGAUGACGACGCAGUGUUCGAAAGACAGAUUAAAAUGAUGAGCAGGCCACCGGUCAAGACAAUUGUGACUGCGGAAGGCGACACCAUUGACUGCAUCGACAUUGAUAAACAACCAUCACUAGAACAUCCUUUGUUGAAGAAUCACAAAGUUCAAGUGGUGGUGGCAUUGACAGACAGUAAGGUAGAAAAUAUUAAAUAUGGAAUUUAUGGGAGAACAUCCAUCUACACUAUAACCGUUGCCUCUGACCAAUCCAGUUCACAUAAUAUAUGGAUUCAAAGUGGGCCCGUAGAUCAUCUUAGCAUGAUUGUAGCUGGUUGGACGGUUUCUCCACAACUCUAUGGAAAUAGUCUUCCUCGGCUCUUCACAUACUGGACGGGCGAUGGUCACCGAGACGGAUGCUUCAACCUGUUGUGUCCAGGUUUUGUCCUUGUAGACGGGGGAGCACUUAUCGAUACACCCUUAGUUAGUUCUACUUAUGGUGGAGAUCAACAUGAGCUUGCAAUCCUUGUCCAGCAGGACCGCACAACUGGGAAUUGGUGGCUGAUGAUUGGGUAUCCUCCAGCUAAAGUAGGCUACUGGCCAAAGGAGCUAUUUCCACAUCUACAAAAUGGUUCAUUAACUAUAGCUUGGGGAGGAGAUGGCUCCGCCGGAAGUAAUGGAGUUUGUCCUCCGAUGGGAAGCGGGCACAAGCCCGAUGGUGAUUACAGACAUGCAACGUACUUCCGAAUACUGCACUGGGUCGAUGCAGAUGGCAAGUUUGUACUGCCUUCGGGUGAAGUGACUGAAUGGGUGGAUCCAUCUCAUGUCUAUGAUUUGAAGACCUACGGCUACAAUCGAGAUUUGGGCUAUUGGAUUGGCUAUGGAGGUCCCGGAGGUUAUUGUAGCGGAUAG